AAAAAAAACAGCCAUCGACUGCAUCAGCAGGCUAGGAUUAGAUUGGAUUGGAAGGUUUUCUUAUUUUUUAUUUUUUAUUUUUUCAAUGUUCUUAAUUCCAAUAUCAUCGUUUCAUACUUUAUAUCUUGUCCGAGCAUUAUUCUGCCUGGGGUUAGCUUAUCGCACUUCACCUGUUCUAUUCAUUUAUUGCCCGCUUACUUUCUUGGAUUUCUUUUAUUUGCAACUCUAACAUCGCUCUCCCGUCAGAUCUGCGUUAGUUGACCGCUUCCUCUCCUUUUCCCCUUCCGUAUUACCCUCGACGCUUUCCCAGUCCUCUAUAUUUAAAUUCAUGCUAUAUUAUCUGCUUUCCGCUUGACUUAUUUCGUAUUGCCUGAGGAAACCUCACGACAUAUUAACGUUACCUGGUGCCAACUUAUAUGGUUCGUCCUUUGUAAUAUAACAGUCGCGCCUAAGCGUUAUCAUCUACUAGGAUAGCUUGGGAGCAGGAAGAGCAAAAACAAAAUUUUAAAGGAAAAGAUGGGUGUGACGUAUGGCGAGCUUCCCCAAAACGACAAUGACGACGACGAUCGAAACGACGGGAUAUCACCCUCAGCGCCAUUCUUGCCAGCGCGCUCGUCUUCACCCAUGCCCUUCCUCCCAACUGUCGAAUCAACCUUUACUCCUUUAUCAAUGGACAGCGAUAUUUGUUCGAGAGUUAGGGGAGUAGCGGCAGGCGUUGGGAACGAGGCCAGCGAUGUAGCUGGAAGUAAUUCCAAUUCUCCAAGGAGAGAGAGCCACAAAAGGUUAGGUGGCACGGCCACAACUAGGACCAGGGGCAGCAUGGACGUCAACGAUAUGGUCCAAUCGCUAUCGUCGGCACGAGCCACAUGUAACAAUCGUAACGAAUACGGUCUUUUAUCUCCUGACACUGCCUUCUCGUCCCCUUCAUCUAGCCCACGCCCAGACGAUACGGGUUUAAAGCCAGAUUCUAAUAAUCCUCCCAAGAAAACCCCUGACCCGAACUAUGCCGAACCUGCUCGUCCAAGUGCGGCAGAGAAAAGCGAUGCCUCGACUAGAGAGUCGCAGGUAAAUAAGGAAUUACCACAACCCAUAUUAGUCCAACCGAAACCCAUCGUCCGCACUGCCUCUACAAAAAGCGUUUCUUUACGCCACCCUACUCCCGAUCUAAAUCCACGGACUACUUCUUAUGCAACUAAUAUCGCCCAAUUAGAGGCCACAGCUGAAAAGCUUUCCAUGACUUCAUCCAUCGAGGAUGCCAUUCGGGAUCUACAUGAAGAGCAAAAACGCAACGAAAGCCGGCGGUCAUCAAUCCUAGCCCCGAGCAUAGGCUCAAUUCCUGAAAAUAACGAAACAGUUUCCUUCCUUGCUAUUAAAACUCUUUCAACACCCAACUCCAUACUCGAUACCAAUAACUCGGUGCGCUACGGUGGCUACUCUCCUGCCGGUUUUGCCAUGUCUUCCGACCCUUCCCUAGCCUCGAAUCCAGCACGGAUGCGAUCUGGCUCGGGUCCCUUAUCGCGGCCUGAAUCUGAGGGCAGUAAUAUCAUGUCGAGACAUGGGCCUGGAAAGAAUUCUACGCGGAGUGUUAAAUCGGCAUCUAAGCCGACCCUAACAGACAUUGCUGAGAUGGAACCUACCACGCUUACGCUGGCAGUUAUGGAUGAAGCUGACAAGUUAGCUGAAGAGCUGGGAGAUGAGGUGUUACGGAUACCACAUAUGGAAGACAUGGACCUUACACCUAAUGCGGAACCGUUCGGAGCAUCGAGUAGCCAUGACUACUGGAGUCAUGGUGUUACUGAGACACAAGGAGGACGUAGCCAUGAUGAUAUCAGGCCCCCGACUGCCGGAUCUAGUGGCACGUAUGAGCAGGCGGAGAGAGCUUUUGCGGAUUUUGAUGGAGCGCAUUGCCCGCCUGAUGUUGACUUAGAAGACUCGCUAUUUAUGCCUUCCUUCUCCAGUGGACCAUCAACAGACAUCUCUUUCCUUCGACCUUUCGACCCGACUCUAUCACAACCAGAAGAGGAGCCGGGCACCUCGAAACCCACUAUAUCUCGACCAAUUGCUCCACCAACUGUCAGGCCAAAGUCAUAUCUAAAUCCCGAAACGGGCCAGACCAUGCUCUAUUAUCCGGCGCGUGUCCCGCUGAUGCUCAACUUGCCACAGAAACUCUCAAAAAAGCCCAAAGCCGAAGCACGGGAGGCCCGCAAAUCGCAGGUCCGGGGUAAGACGGCAGAACCAGAUCGCAAGUCUAGUACAAUCUGGCUACCAGAGUAUUUGCCUGGACCUCCGCUCGAACCUAUAGACUCUAACGCUGAAUCUUUCACCCCCGUGCCGCUUUCUGGGCCGGAUACAGACCCUCAAAUUCGAUCAACGGCGGAUAAUCAACGCGACUCUGAAUUCCUUCCUCAGCCCGGCCAUGGGCAAGGGAGUAAUGAAGCAAGCGUGUCUCGCACGUCAGUUCUUAUCUCAGAUAAACGAAAGUCAAAAAUGCCCAAUCUCGACGGCUUACCGCCACAACUACGUGCCAGCGCCUUUUUUGACCUACCUUCCCAGCCGUCACCGGCUAUCGAGCUUAAAGAUGGCUCUGCGAUGGCCACCUUAGACAGUAUUCUGGAUGCCUCUGCUAAGGCUCCUGUUUCUGCUUUUACAGAUCACGCGUUCGCAGGAACACUGGGAUCGGAAGUAUACGGGACAGAAAAGAAAAGCAAAUCUCAGAUGAAACGUGCUAGUUCUGUCGAUUUGCUAGAGCCGAAGAAGCGGAGUUCUUUCUUACACCUCCGAAAACCGAGUGCUCUUAGCCGACACUCUGAGUCGGAAGAAGAGCGGCGAAAUACAAUUGCUGGAGACACGAAAAUGAACGAGGGUCUAGGUGCGAGCGAACGAGACGAAGAAAGGCAACGAUUGUCUAGUUCCAUUGAUGGCCAAGAAGUAACAGGUCAUGGCGAUGGGGAUGGGGAAAGUGAUGGAGAGCUAGUAUACAAUGGACCGCCGACAACUCUAUUGGCCGAGCUCCAAAUGCGAAAGAGGCAGCAGAAAUUACGCACUCGGCCAGCCGCUACUGCUUUCCCUAAUGGCUUACACUCUACGCUACUUGAGAUGGAUACAGUUGCGCAGAUUGAAAGCAACGCACGCAAAGGCAAGAAGGUGAAUCUUGCCUGGGAAGAACCAAACACGAACCCAGCUGCCAAUUCGGACGACGAAGAUACACCAUUAGGACUACUUAUGGCUGCGAAGGGAGAAGGUAAUGAUAUGACGGCUGCAAUCGCUGAGGUAAAUCGGCCCCUUGGCUUAAUGCAACGGCGUGAAUUGGAGGAUAACGAACCCUUGAGCCGACGUCGUGAUCGGCUCCAAGGGAGAGAGGUUGGUCCCAUGAAACGGCAAAGCAUGAUGACACUUGGCCAAGGUCUUCACAGUGGAAGUAAUGGUCCAAGGGCCGCAAGUCCACAGCUCCGCUUGCACACCCCCGAGGAAGAGGAGGUUGAGAGCGAGACCCUCGGCCAGCGUAUGCGACGACUUAAAUCCCGCGAGCAGACGGAUAAUCCUCUUCCCCAAGCUAGACCUGUCAGCUCUGCAUUUUCGGCAGAACUUUUAAGCCAACUAGGUGAGGCGUUCAAAGAGGAGGAAAGCGACGGCAAGAGUCAGGACAAAAGAAAAUCACACAUUAAAGAAGAAGAAGAAACGCUAGGACAGCGUCGCCGUCGCCUGCGGGCAGAACAAGAGACAGCAGGCAAUCAGCCCGGUGGUGGGGCCAGCGAUAUAGGGAACCUUAAGAACCGACAUUCGCUCGCUGAUGUGCUUGGCCCGCGCGGAUCGAGAACCCUUCUGCGCAAUCCUAGGGCAGAGGCCGAAAAGGAAAAGCAAGAGGAAGCUGCCCGGUAUAGGCAAGAUCAGGAACGUAAGUUGGCUAUACUCCGUGGUCAGAUACCUUCCAGUCUCAGCACGCCAAACUUGAAUCAGCCUGGGGGCUAUAUGUCCGGUCGGUUCAAUGAUGGCACAGGCGGUGGAACUGGUUACGCACGAACCAGCACAGCUUUGGGUCGAUAUCCUAAUCAAAACACGAGACCAAGUAGCGGCGUCGUCAUAGGCAAUCCCUACCUUACGGGAGGCCCAGUGCCCGCCUAUGGCGUGUCACACGGGCCCGGCGCCCAGGUGAGCGCACCUUACGGGAUGCAAAUACAGCCACCGGGCCAAAUGGAUAGAGUGGAGCGAUGGAGACAAAGUGUUCUGCCUUAGGGAUCCUUCUCGAGCUAAGACCCGGCAUGCUCUUUACGACACUGCAAAGAAGACUAAAGAGAGACUGGAUCGCGCUAAACCUAUUUUCUUAAGCAUCGUACCGGCGUUUCAAUACCUAGCCUUAAUGGGAUACAUUAUAUCAUGUAUGGGGAGGUAUCAUUGGUGUUCAAAGAAGGUAAACGUAAGGGGUAUAUAUAUACGUAUAUAAGGUAUAUUACUAUAGCAUCUUGUAAACCAUGUAAUUAAUAGGUUAUUGUUCGGGAGAGAAGAGACGAAAUUUGGGGCGGCAGCGGCAGAGCAACACAUUUUUUCUAUAUACACCGCCAUUAUUCAUCUUAUAUUUGAAAGAGUAUGGCCUGGUAGAAGUUAAUCUGAGCGGCAGAUGAUAAAUAUUAUGUUGCUUAAGUACCUAACCUGAUUCUAUUGAAUUGACAAUCGUAAUCUAG